AUGUCUAGCAAUGGCUAUUCUCAAGAAAAGGCUACUGAAGAUGAGCCUCUGACCAAAGCUAGGUCCACUAUAAAGUACAAUGAAGACAACCCCAAGCAAUCCUCGUCCAAGUCCUCCUCUCGAGGCCCCUCUGGCCGUUCCAGUAAGAAAGCCUCUGCCAACGUGCCACUGCGGCAGAAAGACACUUCUUCAACCGACACCUCACAAGAACAUUCACCUCCAUCACAACCUACCUCGGGUCGAAAAUUGAGAAAGAAGCACGCCAGAAAGGACAAUGAUGUGGACAUGAAAGACGAUGAAGAUUCCAAGGUUCCCAAGCGAGAAAAAGAUUCAACUACUCCCUCUACCCAUCGAGAAAGCAACUCAGACAUGUCACCAGAUCCCCCAGACGAUGGUCAUGACCCCUUCUCAACUGCUCUGUUUGGCAAUGCUGGUCCAGCAGGUCUAUCUAGCACUUUGCGGGCUCUGAGCGGCAUGAUGACUGGUAUGGCUUCCAGGUUCAGAGACAUCCUCAACAACUUGCGUAGGAACGACGAUUCGAUGAUGCAGAUGAUUGCAUUGGAGGAACUCUCAAACCUGCUGCUGGUCUCCAACGAGGACAAUCUAUCGGGUCAAUUCUCACCAGAUCCUUACGUCAAGGAACUUGUCACCUUGAUGCAACCAAAUCCUCUCACUGGGGAGGAAAAUCCUGAGAUCAUGCUCUUGGCUUCCAACCUGAUGGAGGCACUGCGAGGCUCAGUGGCAAACGUGGUCUACGGGGGUGCUGUGCCUAUCCUAUGCCAGAAGCUCCUCGAUAUCCAGUACAUUGACGUUGCGGAACAAGCAUUGAGCACUCUGUCCAAGGUCUCUCUAGACUUUCCUGCCUCCAUCGUCCGUGAAGGUGGCCUCACUGCUUGCCUUCAGUACCUCGAUUUCUUUGCCACUGGCACUCAGCGAACUGCUGUCACCACUGCCGCCAAUUGCUGUCGCAAUAUCCCUCAUGAUUCCUUCGCUGUCAUCCGCGACGUCAUGCCUAUCCUGCAGAACGUACUUGUGGGCCACGAUCAAAAAGUUGUUGAACAAGGUUGUCUUUGCGUCACCCGAAUCGUCGAUAGCUUCAAGUACAGCCCCGAGAAGUUAGAGCAGCUGGUCGAUCCUCCCUUGUUACAAGCCAUCCUCGGCCUGCUUCUUCCAGGUACCACCAAUCUUAUUGGUGCGAAUAUCCAUACCGAAUUCCUUCGUGUCCUGGCGAUCGUCUCUAGAAACAGUCCCCGCUUGUCAACUGAGUUGCUCAAGCUAAAUGUCGUGGAUACGCUUUAUCAGAUAUUGACUGGAGUGUCUCCACCUAGCGAUACAGCAGACGCAGCCUCUGCCAUUGACAGUGUCGUUAUCAUGCAGACUCUGAUCCAUCGCCCACGAGAGCAGAUUUACGAAGCUCUCAAUGUGAUAUGCGAACUGCUGCCUCGCGUCAGCAUUGAAGGAGUAGAUGACCAUCUUUCGUCCGACAGUGAGGGACCUUCUGGAAAGACCAAGCAGCAGGAGAGACUACGACUGCUUCAGGGAUGCAAAACCCAGACCCGAAGAUUUGCAAUGGUAUUGCUUCCCGCCCUGACUGACGCCUAUUCAAGUACUGUGAACCUUAGCGUUCGACAAAAGGUGCUCACCGCUCAACUAAAAAUGUUGUCCAAUCUAGACACAAAGGUCAUCGAAGAUGCACUCCGACCUGUAUCCUACGCAUCCUUCCUAGCUUCUAUCCUGUCGCAAGAGGACCAUCCGAGUCUUGUCAUGUUUGCUCUGCAAGCUUCUGAAUUGUUGUUCCAAAGGCUUGAAGGAAUUUAUCGCUAUCAGUUCUACCGUGAAGGCGUCAUUGGAGAGAUCAAGAAGCUCGCGGCACGUGCGAGCGAAGUCGAAGCCCGAACGACACUCGGAAAGAGUAGCCAAGCUUCCAUCAAUAGUGAUCCUGCUAACAACCACGGAACUGAUGGCGCAGGUGACCCAGAGUCGGAUGGCGAGGGAGACGAUGGACAUGACGACCAUGAGGAUGAUGAGGAUGACGAAAUCGGAGAUGAUGAUAUUGUUAUCAGGGAUGAAGCUGACAUUGAUGACGACAGAAGUUCUGACUCAGAACCCGAAGACAUUCCUGCACCACUCGCAAUCUCUGGAGUUAAGGACCUUGUCGUGUUGCGAGCAAAAGCCUUUCUCGACAAGUAUGAUACCAACAGUGGGAAAGAGUUACGAGAAAAGGCAGAACAAAUCCGACAUGAUCUUCAGGACUUAGCAAAUACCACUCGUGAGCACUACACUGGGACUCAUACCGACGCUUCAGGACGAGCUCUCUUCGAUCGAUUGGCACGAUACUUUGACGGAGACGCACUUGAGAGCAUCACAAGCUCCGAGCUUCUAGAUUCUGGUAUCAUUCGACUGCUCAACGACAUCCUCAAGAUUAACACAGAGCUUUCUGGAAAUGCAAGAGGUGACUUUAUUGCUGCCUUUAUGGGUCAGGCGAAUGUGGCCAAGAUUAAGACAACCACUGCAUCCUCGCCGUUAACCGCGUUCACGGUCCUUGUAAGCAAGUUACAGGACCUACUUAGCAGAGCAGAACAUUUCGAGGUCCUCACCGUUAACAGCAACGCGUCAGAAAACAGUCGCAGCAGCUCAACAUCACUGCUGUCUAGACAAAUUCGGCUGCAGUUGAAAGCCGAUGAGAACAGCAAUAUUCCGCAGAACUUUCGAGACAUGAUAGUGUCCAUACACGCUAUUGCCACAUUCAAAGCUCUGGAUGACUACUUGCGGCCCAGAGUGACUUUGUCAGAACGACCGCCAUCGGAUCGCAGCAGAAGCCGUCGAGACAUGCUACAACAGCUUGCGACUGCGCGUAUGGCACAGUUGUCGGGCGCUGCUGAAUCUGGUCUCUUUUCGCCUUUCGGUACUGAGUUAGGUUCUCUACCAGGCUCUUCUAGCCAGCAAACAAAUUGGUCGAAUUCUCAAUCACGACCACAAUCGACCUCGUCUCAGCCUAAAGAAGAGUCGGCUAGACCAGCUAAGACAACACGGCGAAGAUCAAGCCGCAAGAAUCCUGCUUCAGACGAUACUACGUCCGCUCCACAACAGCCUCCUGAGCCUAGCACAGAGGACAGCUCCUCAAAGCUCGAGAUUGUGGAUGAGAAGCACGUCGAAGAUGACGACACAAAUGAAGUGCUCGGUGCGGCAGAUAAUGUGGACCCAAUCUUGGGAGAGGUUAGAGAUGACGGAUCUGACGAUGGACAUGAACCUGAUGCUGUGAAUAUGGAGGUCGGUUCAGGUGGCACCCUCACAGCUCGGCGCGAGGACGGCUCUCGAGUCUAUACACCACGACAGCCAGGCACGCCAGUCGCGACAGGCCGUAAAGCAUCUUUAGAUCAUUCACCUGUUGCACCAAGACCCGCAUCUGUUCAGAAGCGUCCUUCGACCUACGCAGCUGUAACCAGCGCUCCCCAAGACUGGCAUAUUGAAUUCAGUGUGGACGGCAAACCAAUACCGGAGAAUAUAACCAUCUACCGAGCUGUCCAUCACAACCGUGAACAAUUCAAUGAUGCAACUGGCAGAACAGUAUGGGCAGGCAUCCACGAAAUCAAGUUUCGACGUGUGGCAGGACCAGCACCAGUAGCCAAGCUUUCUACGUCCGAGGAAGAUACUCACGUACGCAAGCAUGAUGGUCUUCCUCCGUCGCUGGCAGGACAUCCCAUCACCUCUUCGAUCUUAACGCUAUUAGGAACACUGCACGAACUUAACGCAGGUCUUGACGAUGUGCGAGAAGCACUUGGACGUACUGGCAUUGACUUGACUCCGGAACCACUUGCUUCAUUUAUCAACACGAAGCUUACUGCCAAGAUGAAUCGCCAGCUUGAAGAGCCAUUGAUUGUGGCCUCAAAUUGUUUGCCGGAUUGGGCAGAAGAUCUUGCAAGAUCAUUUCCCUUCCUGUUCCCCUUUGAGACUCGACAUCUUUUCCUUCAAUCCACGUCAUUUGGAUAUUCUAGAUCUAUCACGCGAUGGCAGAAUUCCCAAGAAAAUGAUGAUAGGCGAGAUCGUCGUCGUGACGAUCGUCCACUAAUGGGUAGACCUCAACGUCAGAAGGUUCGUAUCUCAAGGACCAAAAUGCUCGAGUCCGCAAUGAAGGUUAUGGAUCAUUUCGGUGCCUCGCCUAGUAUACUCGAGGUGGAGUAUUUCGAUGAAGUUGGCACUGGUCUAGGCCCGACACUGGAGUUCUAUUCAACAGUCUCAAAAGAGUUUGCCAAGAAGCAGUUGAAGUUAUGGAGAGAAAACGACACAGUAUCAGGCGACCAGUAUGCGUUUGGAAAGAACGGACUUUUUCCUGCUCCGCUUAGUGAAGCCGACCAAGCGACCGAGAAAGGCAAGAAGAUUCUACAGGCCUUCAAAAUGCUCGGGAUGUUUGUCGCGAGGUCAAUGCUCGACUCACGUAUCAUUGAUGUCUCCUUCAAUCCCACAUUUUUCAAGGUUGGUGAGGAUAGUAGCCUGUCAAUUGCUAUGCUGCGGAGCAUUGAUCAAGACCUGGCAAACUCAAUGGCACAAUUACAAGCGUAUGCAACACGACGCGCGAAUAUUGAGGCUGAUUGGGCAAUGAGUAUGGAUGCGAAAGCUAUUGCUCUUGAAAACCUUACGAUUCGAGGUGCAUCUCUGGAGGAUCUUGGGCUUGACUUCACUCUGCCAGGCUAUCCACAAAUCUUGAUGGUUGAGAAUGGCUCUGAUGUCGACGUCACGAACGAGAACAUUGCUCUUUACAUCCACAAAGUCCUCGACUUCACACUUGGAGCGGGUGUACGAGCACAAAUCAAAGCUUUCCAGAAUGGCUUUUCGCAGGUCUUCCCAUACACAUCCUUAAGAGCGUUCACAUCAAAUGAGCUUGUGAUGCUUUUUGGUCGUAUCGAAGAAGACUGGUCUAUGGAAACACUUAUGGAUUCUAUCAAAGCAGAUCAUGGCUUCAACAUGGAUAGCAAGAGCGUGAAGAAUUUGUUACAAGUCAUGAGUGAGCUCAGCGCUGCACAGAGACGUGACUUCUUGCAGUUCAUCACAGGUAGCCCAAGGUUACCUAUUGGCGGUUUCAAGAGUCUCACGCCAAUGUUCACAGUCGUGUGCAAGCCGUCGGAGCCCCCAUACACCAGCGAUGAUUACCUGCCAAGUGUGAUGACUUGUGCAAAUUAUCUGAAACUGCCAGAUUACUCGGACGUUGCUGUAUUGAAGAAUAAGCUGGGUACUGCGAUCAAGGAAGGACAGGGCGCUUUCCAUCUAUCGUAG